AUGGCGGACCUUACUGAAACAUACGCCCAGAGGCUCACUACCGGCAUUGUGGUGACCUGUCUCGCACUGUCAGUCAUAUCCUUUGUGCUUCGGCUCUACGCGAGGUCGGUCACGACGGCGAAGCUUUGGUGGGAUGACUAUUGGAUGGGCAUACCCAUGAUCAUAUGUGUGGCCAUGAGCACGAAUGACUUUGUUGGGCUCGUGUUUGGGUCAGGCAAGCACCAGGCGGAUCUGGAUCCUCAGGUCGUGAUAAGCUUCAUGAAGAACCUUUACAUCUAUAUGAUAUUCUGGUGUAUUGGUGUCUUCGGUGUCAAGGUUGGAAUUCUGCUAUUCUACUGGCGAGUCUUCCAUACGAAAUCCUUUCGCGUGUCGGCGAUGAUAGUCGGAGGAUUCUCGCUCCUGAUAUUUCUCACGAACUGUUUUAUCUUUGCCUUUCAGUGUACACCAAUAAGUUCUUUCUGGGAAGGCAAAGCGGAAGACUGCAUUGACCAACAUGCAUUUUACUUGGCUUCUGCAAUAAUCAAUGUCGCCGGUGAUAUUGCCGUCUUGACCUUACCAUUGCCGGUCGUCUGGGGACUACAUACUUCGACAAGCAAGAAACUCUCCUUGAGUUUCCUAUUUCUUCUUGGAGCCUUCGUUUGUAUUGCAAGCAUCUUCCGCAUUGUUGGGGUUUAUGAGAUUGACGCGACUGAUUUUACUUACACAAACCUCGCCGGAGGACUCUGGAGUACUGUGGAGGUCGAAAUAGGGUUCAUCUGUGCGAACCUUCCAGCAAUCCGACCCGUCGUCUUUAAGUGGUUCGGGAUUGGUAGUUCGGCAGCUGCGUACGGGUCGGGCAGCGCGGGUCCUAGACAAUACAACAUCUCUGGCAAGGGAGCGACUCGGUCAGGCCAUGUCAUCCUCCGAAGUAGAAAUCAAGAGUCCGAUUUGCUCGAUUCAGACACGGAGGCACUAACUAGACAAGGAAAGGCAGACUCGAUAACCCCGACGCACACUAGAGGGGCGAAUAGCGAUGGGCAACCGGGCCAAGCUUUCGGCCUUACUGAUAUUGUAGUCAAGACAGAUAUCGGCGUCUCGAUAGACUCCAAACAGUCCGAGUCACAGGAUGGAGAACCAAAUCAUUUCGUUCAGAUAACAGCACCGCGGUCAGGAACGGUAGACCUACCAGGUACCGGCCAGCCUUAUUAUAAUUAG